AUGAAUUUAGGUGCCAGUCUGGCAAAGGAUUCAAACGCGGUGCUCAAGUUCAAACACACGAAUAGUUCCAUUGGUUUCAACCGAGGUUACUCAGACAAAAAGCGCUGGCAUCGACAGGUGGAAGAAGCGUUCAAGCAGCAUGCGACUGGUUGGUUGUUCUCCCAUGUGGGUGACCCAUUCCUCGAUGACACCCUGCCUCGGGAGUACGUCCUCUACCUGCGCCCCACCGGCCCCCUGGCUCAGAAGCUCUCCGAGUUCUGGCAGCAGUCAAAGCAGAUCUGUGGGAAGAACAAAGCUCACAACAUUUUCCCACAUAUCACCCUUUGCCAGUUCUUCAUGUGCGAGGACAGCAAGGUCGAUGCUCUCACUGAAGCUCUGCAGGCCACCGUGAUGCGGUGGAAAUGCAAAUUCCCUGCCCCUCUGCCUCUGGAGCUCUACACGUCCUCAAACUUCAUUGGGCUUUUUGUCAAGGAAGAAAGUGCUGAGGUGCUCAAGAAGUUUGCUGCAGACUUCGCUGCAGAGGCUGCUUCUAAAGCAGAUGUUCACGUGGAGCCCCACAAGAAGCAGCUCCACGUGACGCUGGCCUAUCACUUCCAGACCAGCCACCUGCCCACCCUGGAGAAGUUAGCACAGAACAUCGACGUCAAGCUGGGCUGCGACUGGGUCGCUGCGAUAUUCUCCCGAGACAUACGCUUCGUUAAUCACGAGACUCUGCAAGUGAUCUAUCCUUACACCCCCCAGAAUGAUGAUGAACUGGAGCUGGUCCCAGGGGAUUUUAUUUUCAUGUCCCCAGUGGAACAAACCAGUACAAGUGAGGGCUGGAUUUAUGGCAUUUCCCUUGCAACUGGCUGUUCUGGGCUACUGCCUGAAAAUUACAUCACGAAGGCGGAUGAAUGUGGGACCUGGGUGUUUCAUGGGUCCUACUCAAUUCUGAAUACUACGUCUUCCCCAUCCCUUCAAGCCUUCACUGACGGAGCUCUGGAAAGAAGACAGCAGGAAGACCAAGGCCCUGGGGAUGCAGGGCCCCUCACUAUCAUCUGCCAGAACGUGCAGCCCCUGAGAAUAACCAGCCAGCCAGGGCCUCAGAAACGCUGCCUGUUUGUCUGCAGACAUGGGGAAAGGAUGGAUGUCGUUUUUGGGAAAUACUGGUUGUCACAGUGUUUUGAUGCCAAAGGAAGGUAUAUGCGUAGUAACCUGAAUAUGCCUCACAGCUUACCUCAAAGAAGUGGCGGUUUCAGGGAUUAUGAAAAAGAUGCACCAAUCACCGUGCUGGGCUGUACGCAGGCAAGGCUUGUUGGUGAAGCCUUGCUAGAAACAAACACCGUUGUAGACUACAUCUACAGCUCCCCGUCCCUACGGUGUGUACAGACAGCACACAAUAUUCUGAAAGGUAUGCAACAAGAGAACAACCUGAAAAUUCGAAUAGAGCCAGGCUUGUUUGAAUGGACCAAGUGGGUCUCUGGGAACACACUACCUGCCUGGAUCCCCCCCGUGGAUUUAGCUGCAGCUACUCUAAGCGUUGAUACAACCUACAGACCUCAUAUUCCUGUCAGCAAGUUAGUGGUUUCCGAAUCUUAUGACACAUACAUAAGUAGAAGCUACCAAGUAACAAAAGAAAUCAUCAGUGAAUGUAAAGGCAAAGGAAAUAACAUCCUGAUAGUGGCACACGCGUCCUCCCUGGAGGCUUGCACCUGCCAGCUCCAAGGGCUCUCGCCGCAGAACUCCAAGGACUUUGUACAGAUGGUCCGAAAGAUUCCAUACUUGGGGUUUUGUUCAUGCGAAGAACUGGGAGAUACAGGUGUUUGGCAGCUUACGGACCCCCCCAUCCUCCCUCUCACACACGGACCAACUGGAGGCUUUAACUGGAGAGAAACCUUACUACAAGAAUAAGCCAAGCUACAGGAGCAAGGAAAACCCAUGGCCUUUCUAAGCGUUGGAGAAUGUCUCUUCUUUCUUGUGUUUAUUGACAGUGGAAAAAAUAGUCAUGAUAUGUUCAGUGGGUCACAACACAGCUGUUCUAGCACAUCUCUCACAGCUACAGUCAUGCAAAAAUUCUUAUAUACAACUAGGCAGAUAGAAAAGGGAGCGAUCUGAGGGACAAGUAAUAAGAUAGAGGUUGAAGCUCUUACACAGCAGAGAGUCUCUCUUUAAUCAGUAGCUCGGGUAGAUUUUCCCACCUUGAGCGGAGCUCUGAUGACACCAGUAGCUUUCACUGCCUUCUGUACCGCAUUAGAAACAACUAGCACUGUGUAAAAGUUGAGCAAUUCAGGAUACUGGCGUUUGGUUUUUUUUUUUCCACUACUGUCAUUGCAAAGCAUUAGCAGACGUGUUCGGUCAACCCCGUGUUGACAACCCCCUCACUCACAACCCCCAAAUUCUCAGCACCUUCCAUAAAGCGUAUCACCACCAGCUGGAAAUGAGGGUCCAGCAUUGCCUCUGCAGGCAGCAGCAGAUUAUUCCUCUCCUCUAUCUGAGCUCUGGGUUAGGUGCUGUGUUGGGCAUCCCGUGGGUGCAAAGGUUGAUUGAUGCUGAUCCACGCCAGAAGAAAACCGAGUUUCACAUCAGUUACAGAUGGAGUAUGCACAUCAAAAGACAGCACCGUUGGGAACAGAGACUGGGAGCAGUUUCUUUUAAGUGGAGGUGAAAUAAGCCUUUUCCAACCAAACCUGACAGAUUCAGAAAGUUGGGUUUUUUCUUUUUUUUUUUUGCCUUUAUUUACGUUAUUGAAAACCACCCACGUGCACAGACCCAGCCUAAAGUGUUUGUGUGGCUUAAAUUCCCUUCAGAGGACCUUGGAAAAAGAGUUUCCCUUUUAUACUGAGAUUUUGUGCCAGUCAUUUACUCAGUGGUGGCUUUCUGUCCCUUGUGAGCUUUUCUGUCAGCCUUGGUGAGAUUCUGCAGUAGGCACCUCUCUUCAGGAGGUAAUAAUCAAAUCAAAAAGACAUCAAAAUUUAGCUUCCGCUGCACGCUUUGCUUCCUUUUCCUUAAUUCCUAAGUGCCAUCUGUCAUAAAGACAAAGCAAAGCUGAAAAAAAAAAAAAAGUACACAAACGUAGGAGCAACAUGCUUUGGCCUAUUAAGAUGAUAUUUAUCCAGUGGGGGAAGAGUUAGGAUGAUUUUGGGGAGAAGGGGAAGAGAAGGGUUUCCCUCUGUUGCUACAAUCCUCUUAGUGCGACACCCUGGCAGAUGCCAGUACUAGCUGCUGCACAGGAGAUGCAGGAUACACCCCAGUGGGUCGUUUAUAGUAUAAACUGGCUUCAGAGCAGGUUUCUUUCAGAUUAACAUUAAAGUCAUCAGCCUUGGGUCAAAAAGUUCCUGCAGACGUUUGUAUGGGUCUUGCCAGUGUGGGCUCACUUUCAGAAGGUACUUAAAAACGUGCUUAAAAAGGAUUUAAGCAUACUUCUGUCUUGGUUUGGGCCCUAAGUCUGAGUAUUCCCAUAAAAAGCCUCAAAGACAAGUUCAGAAAUACCAGGAAAAAAAUUCUGGCAUCCUGGAUGCCCCUUUCUGUCCAGCUUUUCCUCUGCAGAAAGCGUUAGUGUCCUCGCUUGAAGUGUUUCUAUGGCACAGAAGUUGAUAACUGGACAACUUUGACCAAGACUUAUUACUGAUAACAAGACCAAGACCAAAGUUCGUUUCGUGUCGGUUUCUUUUAACCCGUUAAGCCUUCGGCAGGACUGGUCUCGCCUUGCAGUGGGAUGUGGCUGAGCUGCACUUCAGCAGUCAGAACAAAUACGGAGAGAUCAACCUCAAUCCCUUCUUCCAAAACACCCAGCAGUUGCGCUGUAACACAUCUCGAGGGGGUUUAGCUCAGCUUUGUCUUGGGUUUUACCGAGCUUGCAAGGGAGAGUACACCAGAUUGUGUACAUAGUUUGAGUCAGCAGAGAGCUUGUCCUGUGCAAUAUGUACGUUGUCCCGAACCAUAACAACAGUCCGUUAUUUAUACAUUUAUGACGAUGUAAUACACGGUAGGCCGUUCAUAAGUGCAUUAUUAUACCAGGGAUGUAUACCGAAAAGUCAGGGAGAUAACUUACGAGAUGACAGAAGAAACUGCCCCUGUGCAGUCAUGCUGCUGUCGCUUUAGUUUUUAACUGUAAUUUAAACUAUUUUUGGCUGUGUACAGACGUUCUGAAGCGCAUUUCAGGCUUGUUUUCCUCCAUGCUUACUCACUGCAAAGCUGCAGAGUUUAAACCUAAGUAGGCGACAAUCACACCAAAACUAACUUGGUUACUGAUGCACGGGCGAUUCUCCAGGCUACUUUUUGUUUCACGCUAUGGGCCAGCAAGGUGUAAUUUGAGGCAACAAAUAUUGCCUGUGCAAACGAGUGGAGGCGGCUCAGGUCCUGCUGCAGUUAAGUGACAUGACAAGGAGUUUAUUUAGACAGAAGCAUGAAACAGAGAAGGAACAAAACCCGAAUGCACAGUCUGAAUAUUGUACUAGCUGAUCUUUGCAUAUAGUAAGUAAUAUAGAAAAGAGUGUCCUGAUUGAGAAGGCAGAUGUUAAAAUACUCACUUCUUUAAAAAGAAAAUAUAUAUAUUUUUGGAUGUUCGGGAAAGUAUUUUGACAAUUGUAGUCUUAUCUCAAAUUCCAUUUUUCAAGUGUCAAGAAUCUCUGUCAGAAGGAAAAAAAAAAAAUCUUAUUUUUUUCUAGCAUUCUGAUUUCUCGUGGGGGGGUUGUGUUAAGUAGUCUCAUGUUGAAAAGGCUUAUUGGGGCGGGGGGAAGUUCCUUUUAAAUUUUUUCGUUGAGAUGUUAAGAACACAAAAUAAUUGCUGCUUCACUUUCACUCCAUUGCUGCUCAUUGAUGUGUAUUUAACAUCACCACAGUGUUUUGUCCUAGAAGAACAUUAGACUUGAUCUACCUAAAGCGCACGCAGGUCUUAUCCUUGCCUUCACUGUGAGCUGCAUCAGACCCCAACAGUUUAAUUAGGGGAUAGGAGACAAAUAGCAGUUCCUAGAUUUUUCCCUCUCUUCCCAAUUAAGGAAUAAAGCUGGAGAUCUACCAAGAAUAAAUUGUUAGUCCAGUAUUUUCAUAAACUGCAACUUCAGGAUUGGGUUAGAAAAAUGCAAGAAUCAGUGCGGAAUCAAAUUCGAGCAGAGCAGCAGCUGACAGGAUGACACCGGGCACCAGAAGGUCAAAGGGUAUUUCAAAAAGUUUAGGUUCGGUCAAGAGUUUGUCCUUAUCACUAGACUUUAGAUCUCGCUCUGCCUGGGGAUACCUUGCGAGUUUAAUGCAGGCGCCAGAUCUAAAGUUUAAUGGAUUUCCCUUACAUUUAGUGCAGCGGCAGCUACAGCCAAAUACUUCAGCGUGCUGAGCGUGGAGCCAGGUCCUCUGGAGUGUAAAGUGACACUGUGUGCUCAGAUCAACAGAGCUCUGCUUGCUAAGGCAAAGAGGAUCCAGACCGUGACUUCAG